AUACCUUCCUUCAGCCACAGCCGCUAAGAGGCAGCCAGGGAGGGACGGAAGGAGGGAGAGGAGGGGAGGGGAGAGGAGAAGAGGGGAGGGAAGACAGAGGAGCCCUAGACGGGAUGCAGGCGCAGAGCAGCAGCACGCCUGUCACUGCUGGUCAGCCCCUGCCUGCCCACCUCUCACUAGCUGGGCUGCUCUCCUCAGCCAGCCGCGCUUCGGCCGAGGCACAGCGGGCUGUGUGCGCCUUCUCUGCCGCACCUCGUCUCCUCCUCCUUCUCCUGCGCCCUCUCGGAUAAAGUUUGCUGGAGGACAGCAGGCGGACGGGACAUGGCUCAAGGCGGCCCCCGCUGCCCAGCGGUGGGGAGCCGGGAGCAGCUGCGGGCGCCCCUCUGGGGCUUCUGGACAGCCCUGGGGAUGCUCUGCUCGCCUGUUUCCCAGGCAUUCAACCUGGACGUGGACAAGCUCACUGUGUACAGCGGUCCUGAAGGCAGCUACUUCGGCUACGCUGUGGACUUCCACAUACCUGACCAGCGAACAGUGAGUAUCUUGGUGGGGGCUCCCAAAGCCAACACUAGCCAGCCGGAUAUAGUGGAAGGUGGCGCUGUCUAUUACUGCCCCUGGCCGGCCACGGGGGAUGUUCACUGUAAGCAGAUCCCGUUCGACACUACUAACAAUAGAAAAAUUAGAGUCAAUGGAACCAAGGAACCUAUUGAAUUUAAAUCAAAUCAGUGGUUUGGAGCAACAGUGAAAGCUCAUAAAGGGAAAGUGGUGGCCUGCGCUCCUUUGUAUCACUGGAGAACUCUCAAAGCUACCCGGGAAAAGGAUCCUGUUGGCACUUGCUACGUAGCGAUUCAGAAUUUCAGUGCAUAUGCAGAAUACUCUCCUUGUCGGAACAGCAAUGCUGAUCCUGAAGGUCAAGGUUACUGUCAAGCAGGCUUCAGUUUGGAUUUUUACAAGAAUGGAGAUCUCAUAGUGGGAGGACCUGGCAGUUUUUACUGGCAAGGCCAGGUGAUUACAGCCAACAUUGCCGACAUCAUUGCCAAUUACUCAUUCAAAGAUAUCCUAAGAAAAUUGACUCGAGAAAAGCAAACUGAAGUUGCGCCAGCAUCCUAUGAUGACAGCUACCUUGGAUAUUCCGUUGCUGCUGGAGAAUUUACCGGAGAUUCUCAGCAAGAAAUCCUGGCUGGUGUUCCACGAGGUGCACAGAAUUUUGGAUAUGUUUCAAUUAUUAAUUCAACAGAUAUGACCUUCAUUCAGAAUUUCACUGGGGAACAGAUGGCAUCUUAUUUUGGAUAUGCUCUUUCUGUAUCAGAUGUCAACAAUGAUGGCCUGGAUGAUGUAUUAGUUGGAGCCCCUCUCUUCAUGGAGCGUGAAUUUGAGAGCAGCCCUAAAGAAGUGGGACAGGUUUACCUGUACUUGCAAGAAAGCCCUUUGCUCUUCAGAGAUGCCCAGGUCCUCUCAGGAACUGAAGUGUUUGGCAGAUUUGGAAGUGCUAUUACCCAUUUGGGAGAUCUGAAUCAAGAUGGAUACAAUGACAUUGCAGUUGGUGCGCCAUUUGCAGGAGAAGCUGGAAGAGGCAAAGUCUUCAUUUACAAUGGGAAUGCAGAAGGGUUAAACCAGAAACCUUCCCAGAUUCUGAAUGGAGCCUGGGCCUCCCAGGCUGUGCCAUCGGGAUUUGGCUUCACUUUGAGAGGUGAUUCAGACAUAGACAAGAAUGAUUACCCAGAUUUAAUUGUGGGUGCCUUUGGAACUGGAAAAGUGGUUGUUUAUAGAGCAAGACCAGUUGUGACAGUGGACGCCCAGCUUCUGCUGCACCCGAUGAUUAUAAACCUUGAAAAUAAAACCUGCCAGAUCCCUAGCCUUGCAACAUUGGUGCCUUGCUUUACUUUGAGAGUGUGUGCGUCUGUAGAAGGUCAGAGCAUUUCAAAUACAGUAGGUCUGAUAGCUGAUGUACAGUUAGAUUCAUUGAAACAGAAGGGAGCCAUUAAGAGGACCCUCUUCAGGGAUAACCAUCAGUCACAGUUUGUCUUCCCUCUAGUAAUAAACCAGCAUCAAUCACUCCAAUGCCAAGACUUCAUUAUUUACCUUCGAGAUGAAACUGAAUUCCGAGAUAAAUUAUCUCCAAUCAACAUUAGCUUGAAUUACAGUUUAGAUGAAUCCACUUUUGAGGAAGGUCUUGCUGUCAAACCAAUACUGAACUUUUACCGGGAGAGCAUUGUUAAUGAGCAGGCUCACAUCCUGGUGGACUGUGGAGAUGACAAUAUGUGCAUUCCUGACUUGAAACUUUCAGCUGUACCAGACAAAGAGCAGCUGAUCAUUGGAGAUGAAAACCACCUAAUGCUUAUCAUAAAUGCAAGGAAUGGAGGGGAGGGUGCCUACGAAGCUGAACUCUUUGUGCUGAUACCUGAGGAAGCAGAUUAUGUCGGUAUUGAACGCAACAACAAGGCUCUGCACCCACUGAGCUGUGAGUACAAGAUGGACAAUGUAACCAGAAUGGUGGUGUGUGACCUGGGGAACCCUAUGGCGGCUGGAACAAAUUAUUCACUAGGCCUCCGAUUUGCUGUUACCCGUCUUGAAAAUACCAAUACAAGCAUUGACUUUGAUCUCCAAAUCAGAAGUUCCAACAAGGAUAAUCCAGACAGCAAUUCCGUGAGCUUGAAAAUCAAUGUCACUGCUGUGGCCCAAGUAGAGAUAAGAGGAGUAUCCCAUCCACCACAAAUUGUUCUGCCCAUUCACAAUUGGGAACCUGAAGAGGAGCCCCACAAAGAAGAAGAAGUUGGACCAUUAGUAGAGCAUAUUUAUGAGCUGCAUAAUAUCGGACCCAGUACUAUCAGUGAAACACUUCUAACUGUGGGAUGGCCAAAUUCUGCCCGAGAGGAAUUUCUUCUAUAUAUUUUCCAUAUUCAGACCCUUGGACCAUUGCAGUGUCAAACAAACCCUGCUAUCAACUCACUGGGAAUAAAGCCAGCAGCCUCCCAGGAGGACACUCCUGCCCUCAGUGCUUUUCUGCGUAAUUCUAGCAUUCCUCAUAUUGUCAGGAAGAGACAUGUCCCAGUGGUAGAGCUUCACAGACAAAGUCCUGCAAAAAUACUGAAUUGCACGAACAUUGAAUGCUUGCGAAUCUCUUGUGUGGUCAGACGAUUGGAAGGAGGUGAGAGUGCAGUCCUGAAAGUCAGAUCACGAUUAUGGGCCCAAACUUUUCUCCAGAGAAAAAAUGACCCCUAUUCUCUUGCUUCCAUCGUGUCAUUUGAAGUUAAGAAGAUGCCAUAUAAUGAACAGCCAGCACAGCUUCCUAAAGGAAAUGUAGCUAUUAGAACAUCAGUCAUCUGGGCAACUCCAAAUGUCUCCUUCUCCAUCCCGUUAUGGGUUAUCAUAUUGGCCAUACUUCUUGGACUGCUGGUCCUCACCCUUUUGACUUUAGCUUUAUGGAAGUGUGGAUUCUUUGACCGAGCAAGACCUCCCCAGGAUGAUAUGGCUGACAGAGAGCAAUUAACAAAUGACAAGGUUCCUGAUGCUUGAAAAAACAAAACAAAACAAAACAAAAACGAAAUACCAACCUAGUUCAAAAGAAAGAGACUGAAGCCAGCCACCAUGGAACCAGUGGGCACCAUGUUGAUGCCAUUCGAAAAUUCUCCAGUCCUUUGGGAACUUGCCAUGUGAUGAGCAUAAUCCUUUGGGGAAAGGACCUUCAGUAAAACAGACCCUUCAGUGGGGUGAAUUUUGUUGCUUUUGUUUUGUUCCAGAUUUAUUAGAUACUUAGGACUAUGCGUGAUGGCUUAAUUUGCUUUCUAGAUAAACCCAACUUAAGUUACAAGGAUGAAAUUCCUGAGUUGCUGUAGAAUCUAGAAGGGGAACUAGGACACAACCCUUCAAACACUACUGUAUAAAGCAGAAUAUUUGACACCUCCCUAUGGAAAGGAAACAUUGCUUCUGAAACUAUGGCUCAGGGAGACACGCAAUAUAUUGUUGGUACUGUGAAAGUACUUUUUAAAGCUACAAAGAAAAACUUGUAAGCGGGGAUAGUGAGUUAUUUAUUUUUUUCCACUUCUGUAGUUCAAUAUCUGGAACAUUGCAGAUUUUUGAAAUGCAUUUACUCAAUUCACAAAGAAGAAAAACCUAUUGUACUAAGACAUCAUUCCACAAAAAUACUUCCUGAGAGAAGAAGCAGAAUAUAUACAGUACUUGAGAGAGAAGACAAUCAAUGGGUUGUGAGAGAAUCUGUAAUCAUAUGCAUGUACACUGUACCUUCUUCUUCCUGCCAGCAUUAGCUUUACACCCACAAUCCAGGGACUUACGGCCACUUAAACCAAUGUCACUAAAUGCUGCAUAUUUUUUUCUGGGAUUUUUUCUCCUUGUACUUUCAAUUAUAUUAGUUCACAAUACUUUAUGAUACUUCAAAAAACUCUCUUCAUUUUACACGUGUGUGCUUAUCAUGCUCCAUCAACAUUUCAAAUAUUCUUUCCCUUGAUGGCCACCCCCCAAUAUUGAACCCCUGCCCCUGCUUAGGAACACUAGCCUUAAGAUGAUCAUCCAUGUCAAGACUUAUGCACAAAGUCUUUUCUGCUUGACCAAACCUGUUGGAUCUUGAAUUGUGUUGUAGCCUUUGAGAAACUCAGUUUACCUCUAAAUCAGAAGAGGCAUCAUACUAUAACUUCAGUGAAAAAAAAAAACUUUACUUCUUUUUUAAGAAACUUUUACUAGCAAUGUAGUAAGUUAUGUUAAAGUAUCAACAGUGCUACUUCAGCGGUAAAGUGAAUUUUAUCAUUGUGGGACUUAACACCACUGACAAGAAUUAAUAAAUUAAUAUGGGGGGGGCGGAUGAACAGCCCUUGUAGAUUAAAUUUUCAGUAUAUUUAAGGAAGGUUUGGAAGUUACAACAAUAUUUGUCUUUUUUAUUUAAAUAUCUACUUUUACUACCACCUUGUGUUAUCAACAAGGAGAAAAGGUUUAUCAACCAUGAAUAGAAGGGAAGCAUAAAAUACUACAGACCUGGUACAAAUAUAAGAAGAAAAGUGUCUCUUGGGAAAUUCUUUAGAAGUUACACUUUCCCAGUUAGAUCUCCAAAUUCUGUGUGCUUUUUGCUCUUCCCUUUUGAAGUUAGCCUGGAUAUUCUAGUAUUGAAGAACCAUUUCAUUAAGCUUUCUCCAUAUUCAUUGUUUAAUCGAAUGCCCACAAAGAUCUGAUUUUGAAAAACCUAUGUGUAAAUAUCCUGUCAUUGUAUAUAACACUAUCAUUGAUAAACUAGGAUCACCGGCCAAAUUAAUUCACAUCAUCCGCACAAUUUUGUAUUAUUUUUAUUAUAAUGAAAUAACACUAUUAAGAACUACAAAUUUUACGUGCAAUACUUUGUAUACAUAUGUAUCUGUAGCAUGUUUACACUGGCAUUAAAUUUUUUGUUUGUUUUGUAUGGAGAAAAAAACUUUUGAAAUAUACUGAUGAAAUAAGUAUAACAAGACUUUGACAGAAAGCCUUGAAUUUGCAAUGCAGUUGGAAAAUUUGUAUCACAAUUUGAACAAUCACACUUUAUUUGAAAGACGAGCCAAGAUUGCAGAUACCAAAUUUUUUUUAAAAAUCAUUCCUCAGCCUGGCAGGGAGCCCUUUGGCUGCAGCUAUAAAAUUUCAUUAGAAACCAAAUGAGAGGCACAUGGAGUAACACAUUGUAACUUUGAGCAAAAGGGUUUUUUUGUGUUUUUUUUUUCAUAUUUCUCCUGCCUUGUCUACUCAACACUCCCAUGGCAGUUGUCUCGAUCUCUCCUGUCAAAAAGUCAUUUGGUUUCCAGUGUAUGUGGAUUAAAAUGAUGGCAGUGUUAAGGAGUUUUAGAGUUUCAAGCCAUCUCUUGGGAGAUGUAAAGUGUCAGUUAUAGUUACAGAGCCUUUAUUUACUUCAGGGUUCUUCUCUGUUGGAACACUCUCCAGACCUUGUGCCUACAUCAUGUAAAUGCAAAAGUGCCUAUCUUCAGGUACCUGUCCCUAUGCCUGAAAUUCCAUUCUACAUACACUUUCUUCUGAAGAACAAAAAGCUUUUGUCUCCAACAUUGUUGUUCAGUCAUUUCAGUAGUGUCCAACUCAUUGGGACCCCAUUUGAGUUUUUUGGGGGGGUUUGUUUUUUUGUUUGUCAAAGAUAUUGGUAUGGUUCACCAUUUCUCUCUCCAGCUCAUUCUAUGGCUGAGGAAACUGAGAGAAAUGGAGUUAAGUGACUUACCCAGGGUCAUAUGGCUAGGGAAUGUCUGAAGCCAGAAUUGAAUUAAGGAAGAUGAGUCUUCUUGACUUCAAGCUUGGCAUUCAGUACACUGUACCACUCAGCUGCCCCUGUCUCCAAGGACCUUUAUGAAAAUGUAACUGCUGGGAUGAGUAACGUCUUGGAAGAUAUUCCAACUUUCUAAGAGUAAGACCUUGGCACAGGAUGGCCUUGGGUAAAUCAUUUCAUCUCUGAGAUUCACUCAUUUCAUCUGCAAAAUAAGGAGAUUCAUUAAGAAAGCAAAAUAAUAAUAAUAGCUCCAAAGUUUACAAAAUGUGUUACCCUAUGUCAUUUGACUCCCACUACUCUGGGGAGGUAAGCUAUGCUCAUAUUGUCUUUUUUUUUUCUGACAAAGAAACUAACUGAGAGAAGUUGCCCAAAGUCAUGUAUAUGAAAGUGGAAGAGCAAGAACUGGAUCCAGAUAUUCUGAUUUUUAUUCUAACACUGUGGUGCCUCCCAGCUCUAAAAAUCUAUGAUUUUGUGAUUGAAGAUGCCUUGGGAGAUGGCCAAACUGUCAGGAGAUAAUAAAAGUGCUCUGAAAGAGAGAUAGGAGGACAUUGACUUUGUCGUACGGACUAUCCAUAUUUGGAAAAAAUGGAAGGAUUCUUCCUGACACAUGACUGUUGUUGCGGAAAUGUUCUGUCGCCUAAGGACUAGACCACAGAAUGAUGUCAUGGAUAUAUAUAAUCCCCAUCAACUUCUUCUAGAUGUGGAAAUGAGUGAAGUUAGCAUAGAAAAAGAGGAUCCAAUGGAAUGAAGUAUGGUAGAUCAGCCAGAAGAGCAUUUACUGGGUAUCUAUUCCUUACACAAAGCAUUUGGCUGAACAAUGAAUUAUUUCCCCCUUAUUAUUACAAUGUCAAUGGCUUGAAAAUCUGUAACAUGCUUUCAUAUUACAGUUUUCAUACUUUUUCACUUUUGCAGCUAAUUCAAAGUCACAAAAAUGGGCAGAUCAGGUUUUAUAAACUUUGGCAAGUCCAUAAACAUGAAAAUUGGAUAAUUUGCAAAAAAAGUAAACAAGCAAUAUGAAAUAGUUGCCAUCGAAACCCCAUUGUAAGAAUGCAAUCGCUGUUAAAUAGAUAUGUGUAUAUUGGCUAAGGUUUCUAUGUACCUAUUUACAUUGUCACAAAUAAAAUAUCAAGUGAAAAACA